AUGAACAACAUUUCUGAUAUUAACAACGGCUUAUUCAACCUUCACCAAUUUAAUACGUAUUGUAAUAACAAUGAUAAUUAUAACAACAACUUUGGUUCUUGCGACAAAGAAAGUAUCAGCGAAACACCUUUAACUUUUCAUGCUAGUAGCCCCUCGUCUUCCAUUACUUCCAAUAUAGUUAACACGACCACCGCUAACACUCGUCGUCAACCUCGUGGCAAAAUAAAUAAGAGAGCGUGUAUGAAUUGUAGAAAAUUAAAAGUAAAAUGCGAUGGCGAUGCAUUGGCAGGAAAAGAUUGUACAAAUUGUGGAAAAGGAACUUGUGUUUUCGAUCAAUCUCCAAGGAAAAAUAGACAAGUUGAAAAUUUGACUAGACAAAUUGAUGGAAUGACGGAAACUUUGAGAAAAACCCAAGAAAAUCUUGAAAAACAUCAAAAACAAACUGACGCUAAGGAUGCAAAAAUUGAUAUUUUACAAUUGGAAAGAGAUAUUUCACAAUCAUUAUUUAAAUGUCUUCUCCGUUUUCAACAUCAAAGUGUAUUAUUAUUAAAACUCUUAAAUAUUGUCAAUGAAAUUGGUUGUCGUCCGGUUUUAGAACUUUUGUCUGGUUUAUUAUCUAGAAUAUUGGAAGAAAAUGAAGAUUUUCCUAUUCUUCCAUCAUCGCCCUCUAAUUCACCUUCUUCUUGUAAUUAUAAUUAUAAUCUUCAUCCGAAUAGUAACAGAAAUGCCAGUACAUCUACAACACCAAUAAUGACAACACCAAUAUCAACUUCUAAUCAUAGUUUCUCAAAUGACAAUAAUAUUAUUGAUUCACCAGUAAUUUCGGAUAUUUUUACUCCUUCGAUAAACGAAAAUAACAAUGGCUUUAACUCGUCUUCUUUUAUCAUCGAUGAUAAUUUAUAUUAUGUAUGUAGUAAAUAUUAG